CGGGCGGAGCGCGGCGGGCGGCGGGCGAGAUGCGAGCGCGGCCGCAGCCCGGGCGGCUCUGGGCGGCUCUGCUGGCGCUGGGGGCGCUGGCGGGCGUCGGCGUCGGAGGGCCCAACAUCUGUAGCACACGAGGUGUGAGCUCCUGCCAGCAGUGUCUGGCUGUGAGUCCCGUGUGCGCCUGGUGCUCAGAUGAGGCCCUGCCUCUGGGCUCUCCCCGCUGUGACCUGAAGGAGAAUCUGCUGAAGGAUAACUGUGCCCCGGAGUCCAUCGAGUUCCCGGUCAGUGAGGCCCAAGUACUAGAGGCCAGGCCCCUCAGCGACAAGGGCUCUGGAGACAGCUCCCAGGUGACUCAAGUCAGUCCCCAGAGGAUUGCGCUCCGGCUUCGGCCAGAUGAUUCGAAGAGUUUCUCCAUCCAAGUACGGCAGGUGGAGGAUUACCCCGUGGACAUCUACUACUUGAUGGACCUGUCUUACUCCAUGAAGGACGACCUGUCGAGCAUCCAGACCCUGGGCACCAAGCUGGCCUCCCAGAUGCGCAAGCUCACCAGUAACCUGCGGAUUGGCUUCGGGGCCUUUGUAGACAAGCCUGUGUCACCCUACAUGUACAUCUCCCCACCAGAGGCCCUCAGAAACCCCUGCUAUGAUAUGAAGAACGCCUGUUUGCCCAUGUUUGGAUACAAACAUGUGCUGACACUAACUGACCAGGUGACCCGCUUCAAUGAGGAGGUGAAGAAGCAGAGUGUGUCACGGAACCGAGAUGCCCCAGAGGGUGGCUUUGAUGCCAUCAUGCAGGCUACAGUCUGUGAUGAAAAGAUUGGCUGGAGGAAUGAUGCAUCCCACUUGCUGGUGUUUACCACCGAUGCCAAGACUCACAUAGCACUGGAUGGAAGGCUGGCAGGCAUCGUCCAGCCCAAUGAUGGGCAGUGUCACGUUGGCAGUGACAACCAUUAUUCUGCCUCCACUACUAUGGAUUAUCCCUCUUUGGGGCUGAUGACUGAGAAGUUGUCCCAGAAAAACAUCAAUUUGAUCUUUGCAGUGACUGAAAAUGUAGUCAACCUCUAUCAGAACUACAGUGAGCUUAUCCCAGGGACCACAGUGGGGGUUCUCUCCACCGAUUCCAGCAACGUCCUCCAGCUCAUUGUUGAUGCUUAUGGGAAAAUCCGCUCUAAAGUAGAGCUGGAAGUGCGUGACCUCCCUGAGGAGUUGUCUCUGUCCUUCAACGCCACCUGCCUCAACAACGAGGUCAUCCCAGGCCUCAAGUCCUGUGUGGGACUCAAGAUUGGAGACACGGUGAGCUUCAGCAUCGAGGCCAAGGUACGCGGCUGCCCCAAGGAGAAGGAGAAGUCCUUCACCAUCAAGCCCGUGGGCUUCAAGGACAGCCUCACCAUCCAGGUCACCUUCGACUGCGACUGUGCCUGCCAGGCCCAGGCUGAGCCUCACAGCCGCCGCUGCAACAAUGGCAAUGGGACCUUUGAGUGUGGGGUGUGCCGCUGCGGGCCUGGCUGGCUGGGGUCCCAGUGCGAGUGCUCAGAGGAGGACUACCGCCCCUCCCAGCAGGAUGAGUGCAGCCCCCGGGAGGGCCAGCCCGUCUGCAGCCAGCGGGGCGAGUGCCUCUGUGGUCAGUGUGUCUGCCACAGCAGUGACUUUGGCAAGAUCACGGGCAAGUACUGCGAGUGCGAUGACUUCUCCUGUGUCCGCUACAAGGGGGAGAUGUGCUCAGGACAUGGCCAGUGCAGCUGUGGGGACUGCCUGUGUGACUCCGACUGGACCGGCUACUACUGCAACUGUACCACACGCACCGACACCUGCAUGUCCAGCAAUGGGCUCCUGUGCAGUGGCCGGGGCAAGUGUGAAUGUGGCAGCUGCGUCUGCAUCCAGCCAGGCUCCUAUGGAGACACCUGUGAGAAGUGUCCCACCUGCCCGGAUGCCUGCACCUUUAAGAAGGAAUGUGUGGAGUGUAAGAAGUUUGACCGGGGAAUCCUACACGAGGAAAAUACCUGCAACCGUUACUGCCGUGAUGAGAUUGAGUCAGUGAAGGAGCUUAAGGACACUGGCAAGGACGCAGUGAAUUGUACCUACAAGAACGAGGAUGACUGUGUCGUCAGAUUCCAGUACUAUGAAGACUCCAGUGGAAAGUCCAUCCUGUAUGUGGUAGAAGAGCCAGAGUGUCCCAAGGGCCCUGACAUCCUGGUGGUCCUGCUUUCAGUGAUGGGGGCCGUUCUGCUCAUCGGCCUUGCCACUCUGCUCAUCUGGAAGCUCCUCAUCACCAUCCACGACCGAAAAGAGUUUGCUAAAUUUGAGGAAGAACGAGCCAGAGCAAAAUGGGACACAGCCAACAACCCACUGUAUAAGGAGGCCACGUCCACCUUCACCAACAUCACCUACCGGGGCACUUAAUGACCUGCAGUCCUCCUCAGAUCAUUAGCAGACUGUGCCGGGAUUGUGGGAGUCUCUGCUGUCAUGUUUACAGAGGACAGUGUUUGUGGGUGGGACUUGGGGCUUGGAGCGGGGUGGGCUGGGAGAACGUCAGUAUGUGGAAGUGCGGGUCUCUGUGCGUGUGCGUGCGUGUUGCGUGUGAGGGAAUGUGUAUAAUUUAAAACUUGCAAUGUGUCCUAAUAAGCAGAGCUCCUCGGCCUUCGUCCUCAGAAUGCCUCCUGCGGGGAUUCUUCCUGCUUAGCUUGAGGGUGACCGUGGAGCCGAGCAGGUGUUCUUCGUUACCUCAGUGAGAAGCCCGCUUUCCUCGCGAGGCCGUUCUCCCUGAAGAGAAGGGCAGGGCUGAGGCCUCUGAAUCCAGAGGAAGGGACACCAGGCCUUGGCUCUACCCUGAGUUCAUAAGUUUAUGGUUCCUGGGCCCGACUCUCAGUAGCCUUGGUAGGAACUGUGGGCUUUUGCUGCCCCACCGUGUCACCUGGGCCUCUACCCGCCUCCCUUCCCUCAGGCUGAAGACAGGGGCGGGGAGAGCUGAGCUGUCCGAGCUGCCCGUGCCUUUGCCAUCCCCUCAGUCCAGCUAUGGUUCUCUCACAAGGGGAGCCCUUGCUACCUAAUUCUUUGACCUUUUGGGAAUGAGGAUGGCAGGGCCACUCAGGGGUCAUGCAUGGCCUGGGGGAUGUGCCAGCAUUAUAAUCACAGCCCUUCAGAUUUGCGUCAUCGGCAGCUCCACGCUGGAGGUUUGUUUAGAAGAAGUGUGCCAACCUUAGACCGGCACCACCUCGUUACCUCCUACUGCCACACCGUCGCUGCUGUAGACCUUCGCUAUGUGCUGGGGAUUUCUCUCUUGACCAAAUGCUUUUCCUCCAAGGGAGAGUGCUAUGGUUGGAGCCAGAGGUCUGGCCCUACCCUUCAGGCCUGUUGCUCCUUGUCCAAGGCACCUCCACGUACCCAACCCUGUGCCUCUGUGUGCUAUAUCCAUCCGUGGGGCUGAUGGCAUUUAUCUACUACCUCUUGGGUGUCUUGUGAAGGAAUCGUUCCAGUGAGUCUGCUGGGCAUAAGUGCCAGGAUGGAACGAUGGGCCAGUUGUAUCAGCAUGUGUGUGUGGCCUGUUCUGCUGUGGGCCACACAACCUCACUUAACUCAGUCUUGGAUCUGAGAGGCCAUAAGUGCAAUUUUAUUUUGUUUUUCUCAUCAGGGCACCAGAAACCAUGAUAAGGCUUGCUUCAUCCAAAGGAACAUGUAUAUAAAAAUAUUUUCAUUAUAUUUGUAAGUUCUUGUGAUGGCAAAGAAGGAAGCACAGAAAACCACACAGAUGUGGGGUAUGCAGACACUUGGGGGCAUAUAGCAUCAUUCCUAGCAAGUCACUGCCCAGUUGCUAGCUCUGUGGGGGGCUCUCUCAUCCCAGAAGCCUGCGGGGAUGGAUGUAUGGACAUGCUGGACCUCUCCUGAGGAGGAAGGACUGUUCUUUAAUCCCAGCAAUAGCAGUUGCUUCACUGGUGUUGACAUACAUCUAACAUUAAAAACCACUCUCCCCCACUGCCCAAGAAAAAGGGAAAGACUUAUAAACAGUGGUCUGAUGAGCAGAAAAUCUGAGUCCUGGUCUCAGUGUUGCAGGUAAGGAAUCUUUAACCUGAAUUAAGAAAAGUCACUUUCUUCUCCCUGCGGCUCAGUUUUCUAGUCUGAAAAAUGAUGGGUUUUGACCAGCCACUCUUAAAGGUCUAUUUCAGUAUCAACGAUCUAAGAUGUUGGGACUUACUGUGGCAUCAAAUAUGCAGUCAAAAUUCUGUGGGAUAUUGACACUGUUUGUUUUUCUAGUUGAGAGACCUGGCUUUGGCCAUGGUCCAUAUCACCUUUCUCAGUGAGAGUCUCAUCCUAUCCUCUCUCUAAACCCCUUCUCCAGCUUUUGUUAAUAGUUACGUCUCCUGAUGUAGCACUGAAGUUCCAUUUAGUUAUUAUUUCUUACUUCACUUUGCAUACAUUUGCAUCCACAUAUUAGAGAAGAGGAAUCCACAGGAAGUAGCUGAAAUGUAUUAAUAUAUUCUGUACUCUUGUGUUAACAUAGCGAGUAAGCCCUGGAAUUAGGAACAGGGCAAUCACUGAGCCCUGUCUCACCCAUGGAUUACUCCUUAUUGUAGGGAAUGGGAAUUUGGUAGAGCGAUAAAUGGGGGAGGAGGAGGGAUGACCAUGGAUCCAAGAAAUUUAGAACCUAACUAUAACCUUCAGCUACUGAGACAGAGUCCAUGAGACUAUUAGUGGGACAUUUUCUUUAGAUAAGGUGGUUUAUGUGAAGAAACUAUAUUAAAGGGGGAAGAAAAUGCAUAAAGGAUGAAUAAAAUCAGUAGGAGUCUCAUCUGAGCUACUGGAAUUAGGUUCAUAGGCCUUGAAGACCAGUACUGUUUGUAUGUGGGGAUAAUCUGUAGCUCUGCUCCGAGAUAGUGAACAGCAGUCAGUUAUGGUAUGUAGGGUGAACAGCUAUGUGGUAUUCUGGCAUUGGAUAACACAGCACAAAGGGAUUGUGCUCAGUUCUUUUGGAGAUCAUUUAUGUCCAGACUCAGGAUCUGUGUAUAUAUGGGAAACUUUGAACAUUCCUGACCAGUUACCAUAUUAGGAGUUAGUUAUUUACCUCUCUGAUAUUCCUAGACCAUCUAUGAUUUCAAGAUACUUCUCUUUGUUAAGUAUUCCUGGUUGAAAUUACUUAUGUCCCUUUCUGAUUUCCUAACCACCCUCUGUGUUUGAGUUGUGCAACAUUGAAUUAAAUGUGCUUUCCAAAAA